AUGACGCGCCCGUCGGCCAGCGAGCUGUGUGAGCAGCUAGCGAGUCCGAGUGCGGACGUUGUAGCCCGUGCGCUGGGCGAAGUGCGAGCAUGGACUCGACUGCAUCCAUCUGAGCUCGGUGACUAUGGCGAUGCGAUUAUGAUUCGUGCGUCGGACGAGCGACUGCGAUGGACGGUGGCGCUCUGUACGGAGGGGGCGAUACCCCGAGUGCUCGAUGCGUGGACGCUCGCAGAGAAGCGCGAUGUGCACCCGCUGCGUAUUUUGGUGUUUCAGGUGCUGGCGCAGAUCCUGCAUCUGCUCUCGUGCCAUCAGCCGAAUCAUGUGCAUGGCGAUGCGCUCCUUACGACGCUGCUGGACCCUGCUUCGCCGUGGAUGGCGCAUAUCCAGGAAAGUGUGUCGCGUGCAUCGCAGCCGACGAAGCGUGAUAAGGCGAGUGCCGACAUGAUCCGGCUGCUACUGGCGCUGCGGCUGUGCACGGCGAUGGCCAUGUAUGCGCGUGGCAAGUAUGCGCAGAUGGUGUGGGAGCGCUUCCAUUGGACGAGCGAAGCGCAUGCGCGCAUGGCGUCGAUGCGACGGCGAGCGGGCGCGCAAGCGGUGAGUAUGCGCGACAUGGACGUGCGCACGCAGUACCUGGCGUUUCUGCUGGCUAUGCUCACGCAGACGUAUUCGACCGCCCUCAAGAUGGUCGUGCUGGAUAUCGGGACCGAUGCGUGGCAAGCGCUAUGUCGUGGUAUCACGAGUGAUCCGCCCGACGUUGUGCGCUUCGUGCUCCUGGUCGUGCACGAGGAGGUGUGCAAGGACGAGCAGCUGGCGCGGAGUGUCAAGGCCAAGUUUCUGGGCGAUGUGUGCCCGCUGCUGUUGGGGCUGUACGCGCGCGAGCGUGAGGAGGCUGGGAGCACGAGCGUCGCGGACGUCGUGCACCACUUUCUGCUGAGCACGGCGACGCAUCCCGGCUUCGGCAUGUGCUAUGCGGACCGUGGAUGGUACGGCCGCGAUGGGCAGGACAGCGAUACCCUACACAACAAGAUGCUCCUGCAUUUGGUGCGCAAGCUGGAUGUGACGAAUGAUUUGCGGCAGCAGGAGCUGGCGCUGCGUAUCUGCGAGGCGUGUCCGGAGCUCGUGGGCCCUGUGUUGGCGCGCGCGGUGAUCGACGUGCGUGCGGAUCAGACGGCGUGCUACGUGCACUGGGCGUACGUCGGACGUGUGCUGCAGCUGCCUGUGCCGGCGCUCGGCGCGCUGCCUCCGCCGCGCGCUACGAUUCUCGCGCACACGGCGCCGGAGCCGGUGUGCCGCGCCGUUGCCAAGGCACUCGCGCCGAGCCACGCGCUGCUGCAGUAUGUGGCGUGCACGGUGUGUGCCUGCAUGCUCGAGCGCAUGUGUGCGUUCCGUCGCGCGGCGUCGCAGGCCGCGCAAGCGGCCGAGGAAGGGCCCGAUGGGCCGUGGACGCGGUGCGUGGCGUCGCUGGAGCUUGCGUGGCGCACGCGUCUUCCCGCGAUCGAGCUGGUUGCGCCGCUCAUGCACAAGGCCUGUGCGAUGCAGCGCGAGGCGGCGCUGCGUGUGCUGGCGCUGUACAUGGAGGCGCUGCCCGGCACGGCGUUCGACACGCACUGGGAUGCGGGCUCCCUGCUGACGCGAGCGUUCUUGGAUCCGCCGCCGACGGGACUGCAUUGGGAGCGCGUGUCGCAGAUGCACGUCCUGCGCAUGCUCAUGUCGGCGUCCGUCGACAUGCUGAGCAAAGUGCCGACGCCGUGGCCUGCGCAUGCGCGGCGCUCGUACGCGCACUUUGUCCUCGUGGCGUACACGCGAGCGGCGCCGGCGCUGCGUGCGCAGUGUGCGGCGCUGCUGCGGCACUGGCUCGGGCGCACGGCGGUGCUGACGCACGAUCCCACUGAGCUGGAUGCGUGGCUCGUGCCGCUCGACGACGACGCGGACGUGCUGGCGUUCUGGGACGACUGCCUCGUGCGGUGUGUGCGCACGCCGUACCGCUACGCCGAGCGCAUACGCGAGCUGGUCGGCGAGCAUGCGGCGAUGAGCCCGCUCCUCGCGGUCGUGUGGGAGCAGGCUGAGAUCCGCCUCGCGAAGCGCUUGUGGACCGACGCGCAGGCGCAGCGCAUCGUCGCGUACAUGGCGCGGCUGUGUGUCGAGCUGCUGCGCCACGGCUGUGCGGCGCGUCCGCUGCGCACACUCGCGCAUCGCAUCGGCGACCCGAUCGCCGCGUGGAUGGACGCGGCGUGUGUGGUGCCUACGCGCGCGGUGCCGCAUCCCGUCCUGCAGAGCCGGCCCGCGACGUACGCUCGUGUGGCCGACACGCUGAGCGCAUACGAUGCGCCGCUCAUGCUCCAAGUGUGGCUUGAGCGCGUGCAUCCCGCGCACGCGCCUGACCUCGUGUCGUGCACGUGGGAUGCGCUGGAUCGGUGGGCGGCGCGCCAUGCGCUCGCGCCGUCGCUCCAGGCGCGCGUGUGGGAGCAUGCGACGACGCGCGCGUGGCUGGAGGCGGAGGACGCGACGUACCUCGUCCGCCUCGUCGCGUUCCUGUGCACGAUGCCGAGCGCGCGUCUCUUGCGCCGCGUCGUCGAUGUCGUCGUCGAGCGCGCCGCGAGAGCGCCGGCGCCGUGGCUCGCGACGCUCGCGCGACUCGCGCCGUACGCGUCCGAGGCGCAUCUCGUGACCCUGCUGCGUGCGUGGCCAUCGCCCGCCGAGGCGAGUGAGGCGCAGCUGCAGGCUCUCGCGCAGCUCGUCCCGCACACUGGCACCGAGGCGCUGCGCCUGCUGCACACGCACAUGGCGUCGCUCAUGCAGCGUGCCUCGGACGCCGCCUGCGACGUGCUCGACGCCGUGCUGGACGCGACGCUCCCGCCGGGCCUCGAUCCGUUUACGCCCCCGACGCAUGGCUCGCUCGCGGCGCUUGCGCACGCGAGGACGUACGUGCCGCGCGCGCUGCCCGUCCUGCGCGACACGACGGCGGCUCGGGCGAUGUAUGCGGCGGCGAGCGCGCCGCCGCCGCGGCCGUGGGGACCGUACACGACGCUCGCGGCGCUCGAAGGGCCGCAUGCGUGUGCGUCGCCGCCUGUCGCGUCGCUCGUGCCUGCGUGCCUGCACGAUCCGCUGGCGUGUGCGACGGUCGCGGCGGCGUACGCGCUGGACGCGGCGUCGUGGGACGCGGCGCUGGACGCGGCGCUGCGAGGCGCCUCGCUCACGACGUUUUGUGCGCCGCAUGUCGCAUGGCUCGUGCACACGUGCGGCAGCGACAGACUGCACGCGGCGCUCGUCGACGUGGGCCUGCGCUUCCUGACGCGCCGCAUGGCCGAGGAUGCGCACGACGCGCCUCGGACCGUCGCAUGGACGCGCGCGCUGCGGCGCAUCGUGCGCCGCGUGCCGACGUCGCUCGCGGAGCCGAUGCUGGAGGCGAUCGUGCACCACCGCGCUACCGACACAGACGCGAUACGCCUCGCGCUCGCCGUCGCGCGCGCGUGCACGCUGCGUGACAGCGUCGCUGAGCGCCUGCUGCACGCGCUCGUCGCGCAGACCGACGUGGUGUAUGCGGCGACGCACACGCCCGCGUUCCGACGGCCGUGCGUCGCGCUGCUCGUGCGUCUCGUGCAGCGCGACUCGCUCGCGACGCCCACGACGCUCGCGCGCCUCGUGUACCUGUACCGCGGCACGACCGAUGCCUGCGAUGCGGCGCUGUGGGCCGUCCUGGAGCGCGGCACGCGAGACGGCGCGUGGGCCGCGGCGUGGUCCGCCGACAAGCAGACCGUGCCGACGUCGCUGCCGCUGGCAUCGUGCCUCACGGCGCUCCUGUCGCUGCUGCCGACGGCGUCGUACGACCCGUGGCUCGUGCUCAACCUCGUCGGCGGCGCGAUCCUCGAGCGCGAGACGCACGACGCCUACCUGACCGGCCUCGAAUGGCUCGCGAUCCUGCGCACGGGCGCCAUGGGCCGCGUCGUGACGUGCCUCUCGACGCACCGCGCCGCCCUGCGUCUGCACGCGAUGCGCGUGCUCGGCCAAGUGCACGCGUCGCUGCAGCCGACGGCGUUCCGUGAAAAGGAGCUCGUGCUGCUCGUCCUCGAGCGCGUCCGCGACGCCCUGCCGCCCCCGCCGCCCACGUCCGUCGCCGGCACGUACGACGAGGUGCCGUGGCUGCCGUCCAUGACGACCAUGCUCGCCGCCCACGCCCUGCGCCUCGUGGCGACGCCGCACGCCAGCGCCUUCCCCGACGUGUGCCGCUACCUCCUGCAGCGGCCGCGCCUCGACGUGCUCGAUGUGCCGAUGCUGUACCGAUCGCUGCACUCCACGCACGACUCGUGGGCCGCACAGCGCGCAUGGAUCCUGCGCUUCCUGCACGACGCCUGGCAGGCGCACGCCAGCGUCGCCGACACGCCGCACCCGCGCGGCUUGCAGCGCGCCCGCACGGAAUGGUCCAUGUUCAAGCGGCGGCACGUAUGGGACCUCGUGCUCAGCAUGUACGGCACGAUGCUCUCGUCCGCCGCCGCGCCGGACCACCGCUUCGCUCAGCAGCUCGAAGACGUGAUGCUCGCCGCCGCCGCGAUACCCCAUGUCGCGCAGGACCUCAUCACGCGCCGCGGCCUGCUCGGCUGGAUCACGCUGCGCAUCGCGAGCGAGCGCCCCACGUCCGAGCGCGCCGUCUUUUGGUACACGUGGCUGUGGACGCUGUGUGCGCCCCCGUCCCUGCCGCCCCACGCGACGCUCGCGCGCCUCGAGCGCCUCGAUCACCAGCUCGACGGCGCCCUCGUCCCCGCCGUGCUGCUGCCCGCGACGCACCUCGUGCGCACCGCGCCCUGGACAGACGCAUGUGCGCGCCCCGCGCUCGCCCUCCUCGCCGUGCUCGCCGAGUACGCCGCCCUGCAAGAUACCACGUGCCGCGAUCUCCGCCCCUGCCUCGCCGUGCUCGCCCCCCUCGCGUCAUGGCUGCGCACACACCCCGAUCGCGAUCUGCACAGCACGGCCCUGCGGUGCACACUCCUCCUCUCCGACGCCGGCGCGCCGCCACCCCACAUCCGCCGCCUGUUCGCCCUGCUGCGCCUCGAUCAGGUGCCCGCCACCCGGCCGUGGGCCGCGGCCGCCCUUCGUAGCCUCCACCUGUAG